UAGUUAAUGUAUUCUUUAUGUGGCACUUAGAAUUUAGAACUUAUGAUAAGCAUAUUCAUCAAGUAGAAGAAGACAAAAGUUCCUCGUAGUAUUCUUCCCCCUUUUUUUCCCAUCAUAUAGCCUAGGCUCCAAACAGAGCCUUUACUUAGCAGGAAAAAACCUUAGGCUUGUUUGGUUCAUGCGUUCAAAUUAGUGAUUCUUGAUUCUGACAUUUGAAAUUCAAUUUUUUGUGAGAGGAAAAUACUGUAGCAGAAUCAAAACCAUGAGUUUAAACUCAUGGAACAAACGGGCCCUUAGUGUAGGUAGGUGAGGACCACUAAGUGGAGCUGCUAGUUGUGACUGGUUGUCAGGAAACUUGCCAAAGCAUCAUUCUCUGACAAGACGGGUGUAUGUUUAGUUGCACAACCCUUGGUACUUCUCAGGGUCUCCCACAAAGUCUUUUGUAAAAAAUGAAGAAAAUGAUAGCUCUUGGAUUUGAGGGUUCAGCCAACAAAAUUGGUGUUGGAGUUGUAACCUUAGAUGGCACUAUUCUGUCAAACCCACGCCACACUUACAUUACCCCUCCUGGCCAAGGCUUCCUUCCCCGAGAAACUGCCCAACACCAUCUGCAGCAUGUACUUCCACUUGUCAAAUCCGCUUUGGAAACUGCCCAAAUAACUCCGGAAGAAAUUGAUUGUCUCUGCUACACCAAGGGUCCUGGAAUGGGAGCCCCUCUUCAAGUUUCUGCUGUUGUUGUCCGGGUUCUUUCCCAGCUGUGGAAGAAGCCCAUUGUUGCCGUUAAUCACUGUGUUGCACAUAUUGAGAUGGGACGUAUUGUGACUGGAGCAGAUGAUCCUGUUGUGUUAUAUGUUAGUGGUGGGAAUACACAAGUAAUUGCAUAUAGUGAAGGGAGGUAUCGAAUCUUUGGAGAGACUAUCGAUAUUGCUGUUGGGAAUUGCUUAGACCGAUUUGCAAGAGUUUUAACACUCUCCAAUGAUCCAAGCCCUGGAUAUAACAUUGAGCAGCUUGCUAAGAAAGGAGAACAGUUUAUAGACAUUCCUUAUGUUGUCAAAGGAAUGGAUGUAUCUUUCAGUGGACUUUUAAGUUAUAUUGAGGCCACUGCCGAGGAAAAGCUCAAAAAUAAUGAGUGCACCCCUGCAGAUUUGUGCUACUCCCUGCAGGAAACCGUUUUUGCGAUGCUUGUGGAGAUCACAGAACGGGCAAUGGCACAUUGUGACAAAAAGGAUAUUCUUAUUGUUGGUGGUGUAGGCUGCAACGAGCGGUUGCAAGAAAUGAUGAGAGUAAUGUGCUCGGAGCGUGGUGGAAGGUUGUUUGCCACUGAUGAUAGGUAUUGCAUUGACAAUGGGGCCAUGAUUGCUUAUACUGGUCUUCUUGCUUUUGCUCACGGCGCAUCGACCCCACUAGAGAAAUCGACAUUUACCCAGCGGUUUCGGACAGAUGAAGUCGAAGCAAUAUGGAGAGGAAAAAAUGAGCCUGCAAACGUGAACGGGGUCAUGGCUGGGAGCGCAUAGAUCUACGAGGUAUGCGGGUCUUUCUUUUUAUUUUUAUUUAUUUUAAACUUUUUGUUUAUUUUCUAACCUCGCUGCAACCAAGCUUUCCAUACUAGACCUGGCGAGGGUAUUUGAAUGAUCGUUGAGAAUGUUGUAAUUUAAGCAUGAUGGUUUGGUCAUAUUUGUACGUGGGUAUGGCCGCAACUGUAUGGAGUUUCGCUAAUGUUGGUGUAGAUCUUAUUUUCGGGGACAGAAAGUAGUUUGUAUUAGGAAAGGAAAAAUUCAGUCCCAAGAAAUCUCGUAUAUGGUAAUGCUUUAAAUUUUUUAUUUU